CACCAGUCGAGUGUUCAGCGCUCCUAUAUCAGGUAUAGCACGUGUCGCACGCGCUGAGGAGACGCGCACGAGAUUCAUAACACUCAGCAUCAAACACCCGAAGAUGGCCUGACGAGAAUCAAUGCCUUUCAUCUUGGGCAGUAAGAUGUCGGAGGAAGAUGGUUACAUCUACUUAUUACCCAGAAUUUACCUAAUACUAUCUCUGUUUUAUUCAGGAGGUACCUCAGGGCUGAUGGACGGUCAAGGACCCAUCUUCCUCGUGGAGCCCCCCAGUCGUGUGGACUUCCUGAACAGCACGGGGGGUCGUCUGGAGUGCGCCGCUAGGGGCAGCCCUCAGCCUUCCAUCCACUGGACCCUGGGGGACGGCAGCCCCUUGCCCACAGUGUCCGGCCUCCGCUACCAGCUGCCCAACGGAACCCUCGUCUUCCCACCCUUCUCCAACAACGAGUUCCGCGUGGACGUCCACAGGACAUCUUACCGCUGCGUCGCCUCCAACUCACAGGGGCGAAUCUUCAGUAGACAAGUCCGACUGAGAGCAAUCAUACUUCAGGACUACGAGGUAGAUGUUAGCAGUUCUACAGUAUCCAGAGGUAACAUAGCCGUACUACACUGUAUCGUCCCUACCUUCAUGAGGGACUACCUAACUGUCACCUCCUGGCUACAAGACCACGCCUUCAACAUAUAUCCCUCCAGCGACGGCGAUGGCAAGUUCCACAUGUUGCCUAGUGGUGAGCUUGUGGUACUCAACGUGGGUCAGGCUGAUGGGUUCUCCACCUACGAGUGUAGAGUGACUCAUCGUCUCACUGGAGAGACUCGAGUCAGCGUGAGACACACCAGGAUACAAGUGUCAGAACCAACAAAAGUUAGUUCUCCACUCUUCCAAGACAGAGACAGACUGCUCACCUUCGACGCGAGGAAGGACGAGUUGGUUAUUCUUCCUUGUUUUGCUCAAGGGUAUCCUCCCCCAGAAUACAGGUGGGAGUGGCAGGACACCCCAGUAUCUGACAAUGAGCACCACUACAUUACAGGAGGAGGAGCGCUACUGGUCAUACCUAGUGCUUCGGUCACUGCUAUUACAUAA